AUGACCCUGCACGGCAUGACCUCUGAUUCUCCAAGAAAAGCCACGGGCGGUGCUAUCAAGUAUACAGUGGAGCAUCACCGCAAAGAUGGCGUAUCUGAGGAAGCUUUUAUGCAUUGGUUCACUAACCAAUAUCUGCCCCGGGCGGUACCUAUCAUGAAGAAGCAUAAUAUCUUGAAAUAUGCAGUACAAAAGACAGAUACCAAAGUCGGUGCCGCCUUCCAGGCUGAGGUGGAUCAAGUGUGGCCGGGUUGGAAGGUGAAUGACUGCGAUGUCGCAUUGGAGUAUUGGGUUUAUGACUUGGAGAGCAUGAAAAAUCUUGCGUCGGACCCGGAGUGGAUUCAAACGGCCCUUGAAGAUGAGAAUGACUGGCUUGAUCCAUCGCGGUCUACUAUCCGUAUCGGCUAUGAUACCACAUAUUUGGAGUCCGGGGCUUUCAUGAAUAUAGGGGCACAAAAGAGAAGAGGUAGGGUCAGCGCUAGCUUUGACUGA